AUGCUUAGCCUAGAUAUGUCAAAAGGGGAUUCUGGAACUUUGGCUGGGUCACCAAGCCCGUCAGAACCCCAGGUUCCCUAUCAUAUUCUGUCUAAGAAGCAAAAAUGGAACCUUGUCAUUUUCGUCUCCUUGGCGGCUUCUUUCUCGCCUUUGUCAUCAAACAUAUACUUCCCUGCAAUUAACACCAUCUCCAACAACCUUGGAGUAAGUGCGUCACUCGUCGCUCUCACAAUCACUGUAUAUAUGGUUGUACAGGGCAUUGCCCCGUCACUCCUGGGUGCCUUUUCAGAGACCUACGGCCGUCGCCUCACUUUUGCGAUAACCCUCACUAUAUACACUGCAGCCAACCUCGCCCUGGCAUUCACUUCCAGUUAUCCGAUGCUGAUGGUGCUGCGUGGCUUGCAGGCGGCGGGAUCAGCAGCGACCAUUAGCAUUAGUGCUGGUGUCAUCGCUGAUAUUGCUUGCCCCGAGGAACGUGGUGGUUUCAUAGGCACAAAUGCUGGUAUUCGCAUGACAGGCCAAGCAAUUGGUCCAAUCAUUGGGGGUACCUUAAACAGUCAAUGGGGCUUUCGCAGCAUCUUUUGGCUAUUGUUCGUCUCAAGCAUAAUUGUCCUUGCUGCACUCCUAAUAUUCCUUCCGGAGACACAGCGCAGCAUAGCAGGCAACGGUACCAACGUUGUCUCUGGUUUCCAGAAGCCAUUUAUCUAUUAUGUCAGGCCCCCAUCAACCUGGUCCAAAGGCGCUGCAACAAACCGCCCGGCGCCUCGAUCACCAAUCACAUUUAAAAAGGCAUUCAGUCCCCUUGCCUACGUUCUCGAGAAAGAUAUCGCAGCGCUCUUGGCUUGGGGCGCUAUAGCCUAUACUGCAUGGAGCAUGGUGACAUCCUCUACCACAACGAUGCUGCUGUUCGGUUUUCCUCUACUGACGGAGUGGCAACUGGGGCUCUGUUUCCUCCCAAAUGGACUCGGUUGCAUUCUCAGCUCGCUCAGCACAGGCUGGAUACUGGACCAGAGCUUCAAGCGUGCCCUAGAGCGAUACAAGGUUGAGCAUGGCAUUCCACCGGACGAAAAUGUCGAUCACCAUCGCGACUUCCCAUACGUACAAGCCCGUCUACGCCUUAUGCCUAUCUUUAGUGUCGUGCUCAUGAUCUCUCUGGCCCUCUACGGGCCAAGUUUUGAAUUCAAUGACCUACGAAAACAUUUCGGACCGAAUUUGGCGGCGCCACUCAUUCUCCAAUUCCUGAUUGCCUUUUCAGCAACUGCUAUCUUCAACAUUAACUCGACGGUGCUGAUCGAUUGCUUCCCGGAGCGACCUGCGAGCGCGACAGCACUGAACAAUCUGUGCCGGUGCCUGCUUGGAGCUGUAGGAGUUAGCGUUAUCGAGCCACUGAUCGGUGCUGUAAAGGCGAUGAAAGCCUUCUUCAUUGUGAGCGGUGUAGUGUUACUUUUUACUCCGUUAAUCUGGGUCGAAUGGAAAUGGGGAGAGAGAUGGAGAAAGGAGAGAGAAGAUCGACGUGCUCAGUGA